AUGAGAGAAGUCAUUCGUGUUAGAGACUUUCCUCAAAGUAAAGUACAAGAAAUUUCUGACGCAACAGGUAUAGCAUUUAAUGUUACCAUUGGUUAUUUCAAUGACUCAAGACAUAAUGAAAUAAAGAGAUAUAUACCAAAAGAAUGCGAAACUGUUAGAACUAUUGACUUACUUCUUGUUGAAGACCACUACAUGCUAAAUGAAAGACUUCCAAUGACAACAUACUUCAUUCGAAACUAUAAAGAAAUUCUCAAAGCUUGUGGUGGAAUGAACAUUGAGAAACAGAUGAAGAUUUAUACAAAGAGAGAAGAUAAAUAUGUAGUUCGUUAUGAUAGAACAACACCGUUAUGGGAUGUUAUGAAAACAUUGUGGGAGUGCAAAUAUUUCGAACCUAUUUCUUAUGGAGAACUUUUCACAUAUACUACUGACUUAUAUAAACAGAACCUUGCACCAUUUAAAGAUUUGACAUAUGCUCCAAAGUAUUGUGUACAACUGAAGAAGAAAGCAGAGUCAAAAGAAGUAAAUAAAGCUAAAUGUAAAUUCAUUCCUGAGCACGUUUUCUUUGCUGACUUUGAGUGUAGUACGGAUGGCUUUCAUAAAGCUUUUAACAUCUGUUAUGACAGUGAAGAUGGUUCAGUGAGUGAAAGCAUUUGGGGUCAAAACUGUGCAACAGAAUUUUUGGAAAGACUCCCUGACAAGAGUUUAAUAUAUUUUCACAACCUCAGUUAUGACAUAAACUUCAUCUUAAGACACAUGACAGAAGUGAAAGGAACUCCCAUCAUUAAAGGUUCACGAACAAUGCAAAUAACUGGUUUAUAUAAAGGACGGGCAAUUAUUAUAAAAGACUCUUACAGUGUUAUAAAUAAGAAGCUUAAACUAUUUCCUGCUAUGUUUAACUUACAAACAGGACCGAAAGAAGUAUUUCCAUAUAACUACUACAGCAGUGUUUUGUUAGCAAAUGACAACAGAACUGGUGUCAUUUCUGAAGCAU